CUUUUCCUGGAGCCUUCUUCCUCCUCUCAGUUAAGAGCACCCCAUCUUCCUCAAAAAAAAAGCUUUUUCACUUUAAUUUUAAUCUGUAAAUCUCGGCAUCAAAGGGGCAAACUCAAUCAAUGGCGAUGGCUUUUCUAAAGAAGACUAGUAAUCUUCUUCUUCAUCAUCACCCAGUUGGUUCACUUGUUGCUGCUAGGAAGAUUGAAAUUCCAUCUUCAAUCCGUUUCCUCAACGAUCGCAGCAACACUCGGUUCCCUAAUUUCGUUGAAGAAAAUGAUGUUAUCGAUAGAUCAUCAUCUUCACUUUCUGAUUCCCUCUCUCGUUUCCGGCGUGAUUCCUCUCCUAAUCUAGGUAUAUCAGAUGUUUUGAGUCAAUCUUCGUCGCCAUCCAGAGGUCCUAGGAUGGAUAAUAAUUUUCAAUUUACAAACCCACCUAGAGGACGAACUGGGUUUACUGGAUUAAGAAGAUUUGAUGCAACAGAAAAUGACGAAGGUGGAAAUGUCAAGGCGAAUACAGUCGUAGUAAGAGUCAAAGGAUUUACUAAUUUCAGGAAAAAGAAAGAAGCUGUCUUGCGAUUGAGAGAAGCAUUAGGACCCAAAUAUCAAAUUAUAAAUGUACAGGAUGUCACCAACCUUCCACAUAAUGGAUGCCGACUCCCCAAGAAACGUCGAAAGUAGAACAAGAGAAUGAUGUUCAGGUUAAUGAAGAUUGGCUCAUCUCUCGAGAAGUUCGGUUACAUCGUGCUUACUACAUCUGCUAGUAUCAUGGACCACGAAGAGGCAAGGAGGAAGAACGUUGGUGGUAAGGUACUUGGUUUCUUUUAUUAAGCGAAGAAGUUUUAUCAGAGGAUGGGAUUCGGAAUUUUGAUGGUGGGGUUAUAGUUGAGAGCUUUCUUGUUUCUCGUAACUUUUGGAUUACUUUCUUCUAUUCAAUAUGUUUUGGUUUUGUUUCAUUUCAAGUCGACUGGGAGUGUUGUUAGACGCCAAUUGUAGAAGGAGAAAUAUGAAUGUUUUGGAAUGUUUCUUUUCAAAGUUAAUAACUAUUUAGAUCAAGUGUGGUUAGUUUGUCUGAUCCAUGGUUUCUUAGUAUCUUUUAGCUUCAGAAAAUUAUAGAUUUAUAAUCAACUAUGUGAAGAUAGGGCACUCAUAUUAUCAGUUCUUGGUCAUCCCCUAAACCCAAAGCAGGUGUUGGUUUCUAAGUGGCGUCGUUCUUUAACAGUUGGGGUAGUUCUGUUGCCCCAGUGUUGAAUCAUUUUACUGAAUCACUGAGACAAGUGAAAAGUCAUGAACUAGGAUCUAUUGGCUGUGUUAUGUAGAAAUGAUGCAAUUUCAGUGGAUGAUCUUGUUUUGAACAUGACUUGGUGUCCAAUGGGAGGAAAAGUAAACAAAUCAUUGCUGGAUACCUCCCUCAAUUGCUAGUGGGUAGUGUUUGCUGACUACUCCAUUAAGAACUUUCUAAAGGAAAGUGAGGAUGGUAGAGAAGUAGUAAAAAAAGAAAAAGAGAAUUGAACAAUAACAAGUUGCAGAAAACAGAAAUGAGAGCUCCUGAAUUCAUAAAAAUUCAUGUCCUAGAGAUGCUACUUCUUUGGAACAAUUUGGCAUCCAUGCUUGGGACUUGUUAGCACGGGCAGCAGCUGCAUGGACAGGGGUUGGCAAGACUAUACAGACUGUUGGAUUUCUCACUCAUUUGUAAGGGAAGCGAUAGCUCUUCUUUCUACUCAAUCGAAUUGGGGAAAUGAAAUAUCCAGGCGUACUCCAAUAAAUGCCGUUGUCUAUUAUGGCGACGAUGAUGAAGAUAAGAACAUGCCCGUAACAUUUAGUCCUGGAUGUCCCAUGUAAUCACUUUGUACGAGGUUGCACUGAAUGAUUGCCAAAAGUGUUUCGAGUCAUUACAAGUGGAUAUAUGUGGUUGCGGAUGAGGGAUGUGAUGGGUCGAUUUUAAUUGAGGGCCAAAACGCAGAGAGACAUGCAUUUGGACAUCAAGGUGUUAAUGGUUUUGAUGUUAUAGAGAGAGCUAAAUCGCAGUUAGAAAGAGUAUGUCCUGGUGUUGUUUCCUGUGCUGAUAUUGUAGCCAUGGCAGCUCGAGAUUCUAUCUCACUGAGCAAUGGACCACGUUAUCAGGUUCAAACGGGUCGAAGAGACGGCCGAGUUUCGAAUGUUUCAUCAGCCUCUAUUAUGCCAGAAGUGAAUGAAUCCAUUCAACAAUUGAAAUCUAAGUUUCUUCAAAAGGGACUUUCAGAAAAGGAUCUUGUUCUUCUCAGCGCUGCGCACACGAUUGGAACUACAGCCUGCUUCUUCAUGACGGAUCGACUCUACAACUUCCCAACAACAGGGUCCGAUCCUUCAAUAAAUCCGCGCUUCCUUCCUGAGCUAAAAUCUAGGUGCCCACAGAAAGGAGAUGUAAAUGCUAGAUUACCCAUGGACCAUGGAAGUCCAUUGAGAUUUGACUCCCAAAUCUUGCGGAACAUUCGAGAUGGAUUCGCAGUGUUACAGUCUGAUGCAAAACUUUAUGACGAUAAAGUAACCAGGGGAAUAAUCGAUUCUUAUUUUGGAAUUUUAAGUUCGGUUGUUGGUCCAUCUUUUGAAGCGGAUUUUGUUGAUUCAAUUGUGAAAAUGGGCAGAUUAGGGGUAAAUACUGGUUCUCAGGGAGAGAUAAGGCGGGUUUGCAGGGUUUUUAAUUGAUAUUCUGUCAUGUCAUAACAUUUAAGUAUUCUUGGCCAUGCAAAAUCGUAAAGUGGUUUAAUUUACACUAAGUCAUCUUCUCCAAGUUAAUAUGGCUUGUGGUAGCUACUUACUCGUUAUGGUUCUCAUCAUGGAUUUUUCUUCGAACAUAUAGCUUCUAUAUAGCUUCUUAUUUGUUGGGUUUA